AUGAGAUGCUCGUUGGGAGACGGCGUGCAAACGGCGGCGCAGGGACCGGUCGCAUCCGACAGUGCACAUCCGGCACCUGCCGCGCAGCCCGCCGAAGAUCCAGUCAGGGUGUUCGUGGGGGGCCUCCCGUGGAACGUGCCAGCCUCGGAGGUCGCCGCGGCGGUCAGGGCGGUGCUGGCGGACGUGCCGGGGGUGCGCGUCGACGUCCGGGGCUUCGGCGACGCGCCCCGGCGCGCCCGCGACGCCGACAAGCACCACCAGGGCACUGGCUUCGUGACGAUCCCCACUGCGUCCGCCCGCGGAGCAACCGCAGAAACGUUCGCCGCGAGGCUGCACGGCGCGGACCUGGGGAUCCCCGCGGCGCCGGGCAUGCUCAUCCGCGCCGAGCCGGCGCACCCGCCGCCCGCGCCGCCCGCGCCCGCCCCGUCGGACGCGGCGUCGGACGAAGAGCGGAGGCGGAUGCGCGAGCACAAGCAGCGGCAGCGGCGGCGGCGCGUCGAGGCGCGGAUGGCGCUGUUGCGCGCCGCGAUCGAGGGGAUCCCACACCCCGGGGGUCCCGACGCCCAGGAGCGCUGCGUCAGGCUGGCUGACGCGCUGGGAGAUGAGACACCCCCCAUCGACUGGGCGAGGAUGCCGUCGGCGGCGGACCCCGCGAUCGACCCGGUCGCCGGCAGGGCGCUCGGGGGCCACGCGGACGCUGGGUCGUCGGGUCGCGCGCUCGGGCCGGGGGGCGAGCUGCCGCUGCGUGCACUGCGCAAGCGGUGGCAGGCGGAGAGCUUCGCGCUGGCGCUCAAGGCCAUGGCCGGCGAGGACGCGCGCGCGAGAAGGCUGCGCGUGGUGGACUUCGCGACGGGCACGGGGAACCUAUGCCUCCCCCUGGCGCACGAGUUCCCGUCGUGGGAGUUCCUCGGCGUGGAGAUGAAGCCUGCGGCGGUCGACCUGUUUCGGAGACGCGCGGCCGACGCGGGGCUGGCGAACGUGCGCGGCGUGGUCGGGAUGAUCGAGGCCUUCGAGGAGCCGUUCGACAUCGCGCUGGCCCUGCACGCGUGCGGGAACGCGACGGACUACGCCCUGUGGCGCGCGGAGCAAGCGCGCGCUGCCUUCCUGGUGUGCCCGUGCUGCGUCGGGAAGCUGCAGUUCUCCCUCGCCGGCGGCUCCGCGUUCUCCACGAAGCACCGCGAGUGGCAGACGCAGGACGGCAGCCAGGCCCCGCAGGGCAUGUCUGCGGGGCGUGCCGUCGAGGGCGGUGCGUCGACGGUGACCGUGCAGGGCGUCGAGGUGCCGCAGAUUGGGCACCCGCGGUCCGCGUGGAUGCGUGGCGCUUUGGGCAGCGGCGCGGAGGAGGCGUUCGGCGCCAUGGCGAAGGCUGGAGACAUCGCGCACGGCGCGGCGCACUCGGACAAGGCCGGCGGACACGCCCACGAGGACCUCGCGCGGCUGUGCAAGACCCACUUGGAGCUCGACCGGCUCGAGCGGAUGAGGGAGGCGGGCUACCGGGUGAGUCUGCUGCGUCUGCUCAGGGACGAGCAGACGGGCAAAGGCGACCUCCUGCUGGGAGUUCCUGAGCGGCGGGAGGAGGAUCUCGGGCUGUCCUGGCCAUGGCAGGGGCUGUGA